GUGUCAUUAGGACGAAUAAUGUAUGGGACACUGACAUGUUCCAUUCAUUGUUAGGACGUUCUGUUCAUACAUACUACAGAUUGCUCAGUUUACCUGUAGAUAAAUCACGGCUGGGAUGACGGGGGAUGCUUACUCCUCUUAAGCACGUAACCCCACGUCUAGUGUUUCAAGGGGCCCAUUUUUGCUCUGUUCUCGAUUUUGUAUUCUUUAUAAAAUUUAAGAUAUCGAAAAUUGUUCAUUAUCUUCACCUUUGUCAGUAUGGUUACAAUCCCAUUCAUAUCCAAAUCCGAAAGAAUAUUUCAAAAUCUUUUACAUACAACAUCCAACAGUUAAAUUAUAAGUUUACAUACAGCAUCCCAAACAACAUUUUGCAUACAUACGUUUAACAUUACUUGGUGUAUACUUUUCAAACACAAUUAUUCGUCUACUUCAGUUCAGUCAGAAUUUCAACAUUCUGUAUGUCUUGUUCAAUAGCAGUGGUAUGAGUCCUUAUUCGGUUGGUUCUUAAUAUAUUUUUUAACGUCCCACUCGAGAAAUUUUUCACUCAUAUGAAGACGUCACCAUUGACGAUGAAGGGCUGAAAAAUUUAGGCCUAUGCUGGGCGCUUACGGCCUUUGAACAGGGAGGGGUCUUUAUCUUACCACACCUGCUGUGACAAGGGGCCUCGGUUUUUGCUGUCUUAUUUGAAAGACCACCCCAUUUAGUCGCCUUUCACGAUAAGCAAGGGACCUAUCCUAGCCCAGAUCCGCACGGAGCCUUAUUCGGAGUAUUUCAAUGAUAUAUAGAAUAUGUUAUUGUAUACAUUUCUCUGGUUAUUAAUAAUUUAGUUUUUUUUAAUCUAAAGCUCAAAAUGUAAAAAUUGUUCAAAGGGUUAUCAAGAAUUGAAAACGUUUUUAUUUUUUUUUUUUAAACAGAAUACUAAUUUUGUGCAUUUACAUUGUAGAUAAGGGUGUGAUUUGGUCCGAAAUGCGGAGGAUUCGCUGGCAAAACUUGUUUCUACUAACCGCAAUCGGAUUGCUGUUUGUGUUUAUGGCAUGGCACAUCUAUAUCCCCAAGAGGAGUUCAGUGGUUACUAGCCGAUCCCGUGUUGUGAGGAAUGUAGAGUUUAGUUACAACAAGAAUAUUGCGUGUGUAAAUUUCAAAGGACGACUAGGAAAUCUUAUGAUUGAAUACGUCUUUUUAUACACAAUAGCAAAGAUCAAAAAGCUAUAUCCAAUUGUUCCGGAAAACUCGGAAUUAUUUCAAGUAUUCGACAUUCAGAGAACGACACUUUCAGCGAUAAAGAAACCUGCAACUGCGUGUUCCAGUUUGCCAAAACUUUCAGAAAGAUGGGGACUAUCUUAUGAUGAGAAUCUGCUAAAAGUGCCGCCUUCUAAGAGUGUGCAAUUUGAUGGUUAUUUUCAGUCAUGGAAAUACUGGAUAAAAUACGAAGAGGAAAUUCGGGAUAUACUUACGUUUAAAGAAGCAAUAAGAAAAAAAGCAUACGUACAAAUGAGAGAGAUAUUGAAUAAAAUGAAGUUCAAUGUAGACAAGGAUAAUGUUAUAGUCAGCAUACAUAUUCGAAGGGGUGAUUAUGCAACGGAAGGACAUUAUAAGUACGGAAAGCUCACACCGAAUGAAUCCUAUUAUAUGAAUGCCAUGGGAUAUUUCAAAAAGAAACAUAAGACUGUUCUCUUUGUUGUUGGUUCUAACGACAUGGAUUGGUCAAAAAAAGCCCUAGCCUCAGAAAACAACGUUUACUACUCAACAGAGAAUUCAGCUGCUGAAGACAUGGCAAUGCUAUCUCUGGCUAAUCAUACUAUCAUGUCUGUUGGUACGUUUGGCUGGUGGAUUGGAUGGAUGGCGCGUGGAACUUCGAUAUAUUAUAAAAAUAUUUUCAGACCCGGAUCAGGAUUCGCUAAAGAGUUCCGAAAUAAUUCCAUUGAUGACUUCAUAUACCCUGGAUGGAUUCCAAUGGAAUGAAUAGAAAACAUGGGAAGUAAAGCGAAGGGGAAACUUAUCAUUUAUUUACACCACUUUUUUUCUCGUUAGUAGAGUAUGAUCCACUGGGUGUAGUCCAAUUCAUUGAGUAAGGUUGAGAAACUUAAAUUACUUGAAGCUAGAAUAGUUAAUGGGUUUAUAUUGUUAUCAUCAAGAUAUUCUGUUAUUGUAGAAGACUGAAAACAAUACAUAAAGUAAACCGCAAUUUAACUCCUGCUUAUCUGUCGGCUGAAUUUCCAACUCUUGAUCUCACUCAUCAAAUGACGUGACAAGAAAUACUCCAGAUUAUAGAACGUUAAAGUGUAGGCUAUAUGUAUGAAAUUUGUUUGUUUCAACUGACACACGCGAAUAUUCGUUAGCUCUGAUGAUAAGACGAUAUGAAAAUUUGUCUACAUUUUUGAACUGCGUUCAUGACAUCACCCUUCUUCCUAUUUUUCACAUAUAAAGCUUUGUUUGGAUCAUCCUGAUGUUUGUUUAGGGGUGAUCCGGAUUAACCAUAACUCGACCUGUCGCAGUAACGGAGUGGUGAAGGCGUUCACUUCGUAUUCACAGGUUCUACUUCUGAUCCCAGCGCCCUGAAUCAUUUAACAUAGUGAAUGUUACUCCGCUAAGAGUCCGACAUUUUAUGUAGAAGUGAACGUCGUGGGUCUUUCGGAUAUAAAAUAUAAAAAAAAAACUUUCGCCUUUUGCACGGUAACGAAUCUUCAUUGCUACAGCAUUGAGCGCCAUGCAUAUAUGUCAAAAUUAGUAGUUAGUGACGUCUCUAUAUUGUAGCACGUGACCUAAAGCUAGUAACGUCUCUAUAUUGUAGCACCUGACCUAAAGUUAGUAACGUCUCUAUAUUGUAGCACGUGACCUAAAGUUACAUGUAGUAACUUCUCUA